AUGUACGAGAAGCAGAGGGAGGAAAAGCUGGGGGCAGACAAGGGUCCGUCGGCUUGCUCAAAGCGGAUAAAGAAAAUUCAUGGUGACGUUCUGCAGGGCUUCAGCUGGGCGCCCCUGGCCUGGCCUAGUUUUGCCUGCAGGUCGACGGGUCGGUCGAAGAAUCCGACCACGGCCGGCUCGUUGAGCAGAGACGCCAGAACCUGCUCGAAGGAGAAGGACCAAUCGGCCUCCGGCAGGUCCGGGUUGCCGUGGGAGACGGAGGCCUCCUCGGCCGAAGACUCCCCUGCAGUGGAGGGGCUGGAGGGCCCUUUGCUCUCCGGGGGGCUGCUGGGCUCCUGCAGCCUCCUUCCCACCUCCUCCAUCCUCAGCAGGAGGCUGGUCACGUGGGCAACGGCCCGGUACAGCAACUCCUCCUCCGGAUCGCCGUGGAAAAUGUUGUAG